AUGAUUCUAUCAGUUUUCUUCCUGGCAGUAGCGACAGCUACCGGCGUAUCUGCUCAUGGUUAUUUCCCUCUUCUCAAAAUCGGCAGCGAUUUCAUUCCAGGUUGGGUUAUAGCAAAGCCUUUGCGCGUUGUUCUCCGGGACUCUGGCUACGUCGUUAACGUCACUUCGAGAGACAUUGCUUUUUCUAUUGGAAACUCUCACCUGGCCGCUGGACGUUAUGGUCCUGUGCUCAACUACAUGGCCAAAUGUGACGCAGAUGAUUCUUCGACAUUCAAGGGCGAUACGGGGUCUCCGCGAUUCAAGCUAAGCCCAUCCGUCUUUGAGAAUGCAGAGUGGGUUUUGGACACGCUAGCCAAGAAUGACUACACGUAUGACGUGACUAUUCCCAAGAAUAUCAAAUCUGGCCGCUACUUGUUAGGACACGAGAACCUCACCCUGGAUGGCUACGGACCCUGGCAUCUCUUCAACUCGUACCUAGGCGACGCUUCGAAAGAGGCCCAUAUCCUACCUGGUGGAGAUGCUUACCCCGGGUGGGACUGA